GGAGAUCUGCUAAUCAGCCCCGAUGGCAGGAGGAAGGGCCUCCUGAGUCAAUUAGAUUGGGACCACGUGGACGCCGGGCACUCAGGAACAGAGCUGCACGCAGGUAGCAUCUCCCUUGUAGAGAAAGUUCUCAAGGUAUCAUGGCCCGUGCAGAAUCUCCACGUGAGGUAUUUGAAGAAGCAGAUGAGGAUGUGCUGAUUACCUCGGUUGAUGAAUCAGAGGAUCUAUUGCCUGGCCCAGACUCUCAGGAGAUGCUGAUGCUGCCACCCAGUGGACAGAAGCCGCUGGUGAACAAGCGACGUCAGCCUGGGGUGAUGCCACCCAAGAGAGUUUCACUUUACGGGCUGGUGGAUGGUAAACCUGUAAGGAUAAACCCGAAUGGACCGUGGAACGCACAUGUUUGGGAACGUAUUGUGUUGGUCUCUGAUGGUACCAGUCAUAAGGGGACUCGAGUGGCGAGGAGGGAGAAGAUUCUUCAGAGAAUUACACGCUCGACUUUAGUUAAGCAUUUUGAUUGUGUCAGGCGCGAUGUGUCGCGGGGCCAGACGCGCUUGCCCUGUGUUCUCUCCCAUUUCAGAGAAGGCGACGUAGACUGGUGCUGGAUCAGUACGCCCCACAACGACUACGUGCAGGAGUGCGAAGAGCCAAGGCGUGUGGUCAGGAUGCAACCAUCCCCUGCUAAAGUGGACGUUCCGAUGCAGGAAUUGAGCCCUCCGGAGUUCGAUCUGCGUCAGCAGCUUCAGGCCGUUCCGUCUGUCCAGGCCAUGAGUUCGGAGGACAACUGUAAUGGUUGA